AUGUCGAACGUUUUCUUCCCAUACUCCAAGGCGCCUUUGCGCACCAUCAAGGAGAUCCAGUUCGGUCUCUUCGCUCCCGAGGAGAUCAAGCGCAUGAGUGUGGUCCACAUCGAGUACCCGGAAACAAUGGACGAUCAACGUCAACGGCCUCGGACAAAGGGUAUCAAUGACCCGCGACUCGGUACAAUCGACCGCCAAUACAACUGCGAGACUUGCGAAGAAGGUCCCAAAGAAUGCCCAGGGCAUUUUGGCCACAUCGAGCUUGCUUGUCCGGUGUUUCACAUUGGUUUCUUGACCAAAAUUAAGAAGCUGCUAGAGACUGUCUGCCACAACUGUGGAAAGAUCAAGGCCAACACGGCCGAUUCUAAAUUCCUCGAAGCCCUCCGAUUCCGUGAUCCCAAGCGGCGAUUUGACGCCAUCUGGCGACUUUCCAAGGAUGUCUUGGUUUGUGAGGCCGACGCGCCUGCCGAUGACGAAGAGUUUUCGAAGGACUCACAGAAGGGCCGCUCCCACGGUGGCUGCGGUAAUGCCCAGCCUACUGUUCGGAAAGAAGGAAUUUGCCUGGUCGGAACAUGGAAGCCCAGCAAGGCUAUGAUGGAGGACGAGAUGGCACAGCCCGAGAAGAAGGUUAUCACUCCCGCGAUGGCGUUGAACAUCUUCCGGAACAUCUCCAUCGAAGAUGUGCGCAUUAUGGGCCUUAGCAACGACUACGCUCGCCCCGAAUGGAUGGUUCUCACCGUUCUGCCCGUUCCACCUCCCACUGUCCGCCCCAGUGUUGUCAUGGGGGCUACCAGCGGCGCCCGCGGUGAAGAUGAUCUGACCUACAAGCUUGCCGAAAUCGUUCGUGCCAACCAGAAUGUUCAGCGAUGUGAGCAGGAAGGUGCACCUGAGCACGUCAUUCGUGAAUUCGAGUCCUUGCUACAAUACCACAUCGCUACCUACAUGGACAACGAUAUUGCUGGACAGCCGACUGCUAUGCAAAAAGGAAACCGUCCCGUCAAGGCGCUCCGCAGUCGAUUGAAGGGUAAGGAGGGCCGUCUUCGUCAGAACUUGAUGGGAAAGCGUGUCGAUUUCUCCGCUCGUACCGUCAUCACUGGUGACCCUAACCUGUCGCUCGAUGAAGUUGGUGUUCCCUACUCGACUGCCCGUAUUUUGACCUACCCCGAAGUUGUUACACCUUACAACAUCGAGAAGCUCCAAAAGUUGGUCGCCAACGGACCUAACAUCCACCCUGGUGCACGCUACAUUGUCCGUGACAACGGCGAGCGUAUCGAUCUUCGUCACGCCAAGCGUGCAGGUGCUCAGCAGCUCCUUUAUGGCUGGAAGGUCGAGCGCCAUCUCGACAACGGUGAUUACAUUCUUUUCAACCGUCAACCCUCUCUGCACAAGGAGUCCAUGAUGGGUCACCGUGUCCGUGUUAUGCCCUUCUCCACAUUCCGAAUGAACUUGUCUGUGACCAGUCCCUACAACGCUGAUUUCGAUGGUGACGAGAUGAAUUUGCACGUUCCCCAGGGCGAAGAGGCUCGUGCCGAGCUGGCCGAGCUCACUCUGGUUCCGAAGAACAUUGUUUCUCCCCAACGUAACGGUCCUCUGAUGGGUAUCGUGCAGGACACCCUGUGUGGUAUCUACAAGAUUUGCCGUCGAGAUACUUUCCUCAACAAGGACCAAGUUAUGAACCUCAUGCUCUGGGUUCCUGACUGGGAUGGCGCUAUUCCCCCUCCGGCUAUCCUGAAGCCCCGGCCCCGUUGGACCGGAAAGCAGAUGAUCAGCAUGGCUUUCCCCUCGGGUUUGAAUCUUCUGCGUGUGGAUAAGGAUGGUUCCCCGUUGGCCGAGAAAUUCAGUCCCCUCAGUGAUGGUGGUCUCUUAAUUCACGGUGGACAGCUCAUGUACGGCAUGCUUUCCAAGAAGACUGUCGGUGCCAGUGGUGGUGGUGUUAUCCACACCAUCUUCAACGAGUAUGGCCCUGACACUUGUGUUAAAUUCUUCAAUGGUGCCCAGGCCAUUGUUGGAUACUGGCUACUUCACAACGGUUUCAGUAUCGGUAUUGGUGACACUAUUCCUGACCAAUUGACCAUCAACAAAAUUGAGGAAGCCGUGCGCAACCGAAAGCAGGAAGUCGAGACAAUUACUGCCAGCGCUACUGAGAACACACUGGAGGCUCUCCCCGGUAUGAACGUCCGUGAGACAUUCGAGAGCAAGGUCUCUCGCGCUCUGAACAACGCUCGUGACGAAGCUGGUGAUGCUACCGAGAAGAGUUUGAAGGAUUUGAACAACGCCAUUCAGAUGGCCCGUUCCGGUUCCAAGGGUUCCGCAAUCAACAUUUCGCAGAUGACUGCUCUCGUUGGACAGCAGUCCGUGGAAGGAAAGCGUAUUCCAUUCGGUUUCAAGUACCGUACCUUGCCGCACUUCACAAAGGACGAUUACUCUCCCGAGUCUCGUGGUUUCGUCGAAAACUCGUACCUCCGUGGUCUCACUCCAACCGAGUUCUUCUUCCACGCCAUGGCUGGUCGUGAGGGUUUGAUUGAUACUGCUGUCAAGACUGCCGAGACUGGUUACAUUCAGCGUAAGCUGGUCAAGGCCCUUGAAGAAGUGAUGGUUAAGUACGAUGGCACUGUUCGCAAUUCUCUCGGUGAUAUUAUUCAGUUCAUCUAUGGAGAGGAUGGUCUCGAUGGUGCCCACAUUGAGAACCAGCGUGUCGAUCACAUCAAAUGCUCCGAUGAGAAGCUCCGCGAGCGUUUCCGUGUUGAUGUCAUGGAUCCCGAGCGUACUCUUGGCCCUGAGGUUCUGGAGCAAGCAAAUGAGAUUGCUGGCGACAUGGAGGUUCAGAAAUACUUCGAUGAAGAAUGGGAGGCUAUUUUGAAGGACCGCGAGUUCCUUCGAACCGUGGUCAAGGAAGACGAAGAAAUGAUGCAACUUCCCAUUAACAUUCAGCGUAUUCUUGAGAUGGCUCGAACCACCUUCCACAUUCGCGAGGGCACAAUCAGUGACUUGCACCCCGCUGAGGUCAUUCCUCAAGUCCAGCAGCUACUGGAUCGCUUGGUGAUUGUCCGCGGUGAUGAUGUUAUUUCGCGCGAGGCCCAGGUCAACGCAACUUUGCUCUUCAAGGCGCAGCUGCGCAGUCGUCUGGCUUUCCGCCGCCUUGUGACAGACUAUUCGCUUAACAAAUUGGCGUUCCAGCAUGUGCUUGGUGCCGUUGAAAGCCGCUUCGCUCGCGCAGCAGCCAACCCUGGUGAAAUGGUCGGUGUUCUUGCAGCUCAGUCUAUUGGUGAACCCGCCACCCAGAUGACAUUGAACACUUUCCACUUUGCUGGUGUGUCUUCCAAAAACGUUACUCUUGGUGUGCCCCGUCUCAAGGAAAUUCUCAACGUUGCCACGAACAUCAAGACCCCCUCCAUGACCGUCUACCAGCAAGGUAUGGAGACCCACAACAAGGAGGGUGCUAAGACGCUGCGUAGUCUUGUCGAGCACACUAGUCUGCGGUCCGUGACUGAGUCUACCGAGAUCUACUAUGACCCCGAUAUCCAGUCUACUGUCAUCGAGAACGAUAAAGACAUGGUUGAGUCAUACUUCAUCAUUCCUGAGGACACCGGCGAUGAUUCAGCAUCGCAGUCGAAGUGGUUGCUUCGUAUUGUUCUCAGCCGUCCUGCUCUUCUUGAUAAGGGUCUGACUGUGCAGGAUGUUGCUACCAGAAUCAAAGAAGCUUACCCACGUGAUAUUGCAGUCAUUUUCAGUGAUAACAACGCGGAUGAGCAAGUCAUCCGUAUUCGCCAGGUUCAGGACUACAAGGAUGAUGAAGAUGAAGAUGUUGAAUACGACGUGACUCUCAAGAAGCUUGAGCAGCAUCUGCUGGACACUUUGACUCUUCGUGGUGUCACUGGUGUCGACCGUGCUUUCAUCAACGAGAAGGCCAAGGUCCGUGUUCACGAAGAUGGUACACUCUUCUCAAGCAAGAGUGAUACUCUUUGCAAGGAGUGGGUCCUUGAAACCAGUGGAUCGUCUCUCGCUGCCGUUCUUUCAAUUCCUGGUGUCGAUGCUUCUCGUACAUACUCUAACCAGUUUAUUGAGAUUUUCGAGGUCUUUGGUAUCGAGGCUGCCCGUACAGCUGUGCUUCGCGAGUUGACACUUGUGCUUGCAUUCGACGGAUCUUAUGUCAACCAUCGUCACUUGGCGCUGCUGGUCGAUGUUAUGACAGUUCGUGGUUACUUGACUCCCGUCACCCGUCACGGUAUUAACCGUGCUGACAACGGUGCCCUCAUGCGUUGUUCGUUCGAAGAAACGGUCGAAAUUCUACUCGAAGCUGCUGCCUUUGGAGAGCUUGACGACUGUCGUGGUGUUUCCGAAAACUUGAUCCUUGGACAGAUGGCGCCCGCUGGAACGGGAGAGUUCGAUGUUUACCUGGACCAGAGCUUGCUGAACACAGUCGUGUCAAACAAUGCACGCUACGGCCUAAUGGGUGCUGUUGGUGCCAAGGAUGCCAUCAUCCCAGAUGGUGCUGCUACUCAGUACGACACUGGUUCUCCGAUGGCUAGCUCACAAUUCAUGACUGACAGCGACGACGCUGCCCCGUUCUCACCGAUGCACCAGCUUGGACAGGAUAAUACUGGAGGCCUCACGGAAUACAACAAUCCCGCCGGAUUUGGUAGUGGCAGCUUUAGUCCCGGCCCUCGCAGCCCGGGCUACUCCCCAACAAGCCCCUUCAACACCAGUCCUACGUCUCCUGGAUAUUCGCCGUCUUCAAGCUACUCGCCAACUUCUCCCGGCAUGAGCAUGACCAGUCCGCGUUUCAAUCCGACAUCUCCUGGGUUCUCACCUGCCAGCCCGUCGUUUGCUCCCACUUCCCCAGCUUAUUCGCCAACUUCACCUGCGUACGGUCAAGCGUCUCCUACGUCGCCCUCGUACUCUCCAACCUCGCCUGGGUUCUCACCCACUUCACCCAAUUAUAGCCCAACGUCGCCCAAUUUCAGCCCGGCCUCGCCGGCCUUUAGUCCGACAUCUCCAAGCUAUAGUCCCACCAGUCCUGCAAUUGGCGGCGCUCGGCACUUGUCCCCAACUUCCCCAACAUCUCCAAAGUACACACCUACUUCGCCUGGGUGGUCUCCCACGAGCCCCCAGUCCUACUCGCCAACCUCGCCCAACUUCUCUGGUUCCCCGACUUCUCCGGCUUACAGCCCGACUUCGCCGGCUUAUAGCCCCACGUCGCCACGCCAGUGA